ACUUGACUCGGCAUCAGUGGCCACUCACAAGAAGUCACACCGAAAACAGUUGAUCGAAGAAAGCAUGGGUUCAACCGGCGAGACCCAGAUAACCCCAAGCCACGUGUCGGACGAAGAGGCGAACCUGUUCGCGAUGCAGCUGGCGAGCGCGUCGGUCCUCCCAAUGGUCCUGAAGUCGGCCCUGGAGCUGGAGCUGCUGGAAAUCAUGGCGAAGGCCGGCCCCGGCGUCCACCUCUCUCCGGCGGACAUCGCCGCCCAGCUCCCGACGCGCAACCCCGACGCCCCCGUCAUGCUCGACCGCAUCCUCCGCCUCUUGGCUUGCUACAACAUCCUCACUUUCUCCCUCCGCACCCUCCCCGACGGCAAGGUCCAGAGGCUCUAUGGCCUUGCUCCCGUUGCCAAGUACUUGGUCAAGAACCAAGAUGGUGUCUCCAUUGCUUCUCUCAACCUCAUGAACCAGGACAAAGUCCUCAUGGAAAGCUGGUACUACUUGAAAGAUGCAGUUCUUGAAGGGGGAAUUCCAUUUAACAAGGCCUAUGGAAUGACAGCCUUUGAAUACCAUGGAACAGAUCCAAGGUUUAACAGGGUUUUCAACAAGGGCAUGUCUGAUCACUCUACCAUCACAAUGAAGAAAAUCCUUGAGACCUACACAGGCUUUGAGGGUCUUAAAUCUCUGGUUGAUGUUGGUGGUGGCACUGGAGCUGUAGUCAACAUGAUUGUCUCAAAAUAUCCCACUAUUAAGGGCAUUAAUUUUGAUUUGCCCCAUGUCAUCGAAGAUGCCCCAUCCUAUCAAGGAGUGGAGCAUGUCGGUGGAGACAUGUUUGUCAGUGUUCCAAAAGCUGACGCUAUUUUUAUGAAGUGGAUUUGCCACGAUUGGAGUGAUGAACACUGCUUGAAGUUUUUGAAGAACUGCUACGAGGCACUUCCAGAUAACGGGAAGGUGAUUGUGGCGGAAUGCAUUCUUCCAGUGGCUCCAGACUCUAGCUUGGCCACAAAAGGUGUGGUUCACAUCGAUGUGAUCAUGUUGGCUCAUAAUCCAGGUGGGAAAGAAAGAACAGAGAAAGAGUUUGAGGCUCUGGCCAAAGGGGCAGGAUUCCAAGGUUUCCGAGUCCUGUGUUGUGCUUUCAAUACCUACGUCAUGGAAUUUCUCAAAAAGGUUUAAGUUCUUUGGUGUGGAUUCAUAUCAAGUUGUAUUUGGGUUUUGAAUUUUGAGAUUGUGCUUGUGCUGCUACUUACAAAAGCUUUCUCGGAAAAAAAAUGUAAUUUUCUCUUAAAUAUAUUAGGAAAAGAAUAAUGAACGAAGUUCAAUGUAUACAGCCUAUACCAAAUAACAAGUUUCAUGUUGUGGAUUAUAUAUA